AUGGAGGAAGAGAAACCGCUAAAUGGAACUGAGCGUCUGUUUCCCGUUGAAAACGGGCAGAUCACUUUGAUUCCCACUCCGACCAACGAUCCCGAUGAUCCACUGAACUGGAGCACGUGGCGCCGUUAUUGGCAUGCCUUUUUGGUUCUGGUAAUUGUUGCAUUCACCGCCGCUACUUCCAAUGAUGCCGGUACUGCUGGCAAUGGUAUGAAUGCUCAAUUAGGUAUCUCUUGGGAAGCUAUCAAUGUCGCCGCUGGAGUCUUAUUUGUUGGAAUCGGGUACUGUACUCUUCUCUUGAGUCCCGCCCCCUUUUUGUACGGACGUCGUGUCUCCUAUCUGUUAUGUUUACUGUUCUCCAUUAUUGGCUCCGUAUGGUUUGCUCGCAUCGAAACCGUCGAGGAUAAUAUUUGGAAUCAGUUGCUCUUUGCCCAACUAUCUCUAUCCGAUAUCUUCUUCCAACACCGUCGUGGUCUGGUCCUGGGUUUCUACAUCUUGGCCACUAGUGUUGGUACUUUUAUGGGUCCCUUGGUCUCGGGAUUCAUUCUGGAUAGUUCGAUACUGGGAUGGAGAUGGGUGGGGUGGUUAGCAGCCAUCAUAUCUGGUGGAUUACUGGUCUUAUUUUAUUUCGGAUUGGAGGAGACCUCCUUCGACCGAAAGACCGUGUUGGAUGGGCUUGGCGUGAACCCUUCUGAGCAGCAGCAGCAGCCACAGGGAUCUGGUGUGCUGAGCUCGGAUGAGAAGAAUGAACGCCCGCCCAACGUUGAGCCUAUCUUGGUUAAUUCUGUGGAUGAAGAGAGCGGACAGAAGAAAGGAAAAACCUACUGGCAGCGUAUCGCCUUGAUUACCCCAUCGCCGACCUUGAUCGGAACUGGGUUCAAGCAAUACUGCCGUCGCCUCUACCACACGCUUGGAAUCAUGUUGUUCCCCGCUGUAAUCUAUAGCGGACUACAAUGGGGUGCUCAAGAUGCGUGGUUAACCUUCUACCUCACCAUCGAAGAAGACAACUACUAUGAGGCGCCCUGGUUUUACACCGAUGCCGCCGUUGGCAUUAUGAACGUGCCCACCUUGAUCGGUGCCUGCAUCGGCUGUAUUUACGGUGGUUGGUUUUCCGAUUUUUUCGUCACAUGGACCGCGAAGCGCAAUGGCGGAAUCUUCGAAGCCGAGCAACGUCUCUGGCUUCUUUUCCCUGUCGCGUUUAUCGGACCUGCUGGUCUCAUGCUCUUCGGUAUUGGCUCCGACAAAGGCUGGAACUGGCCGUUGCCGUACCUGGGCCUGGGAUUCAUUGGCUUUGGCUGGGGUUGUGCAGGUGACCUUAGCAUGGCCUAUCUUCAGGAUGCGUACCCGGAAAUGGUGCUGGAGGGGAUGGUCGGCGUCUCCGUCAUCAAUAAUACCAUUGGAUGUAUUUUCACCUUUUCCGCGCAAUACUGGAUCGACGCACAGUCCUUGUCUCAGGUUUUCAUCGCUAUUGGAAUUCUGAGCUGGGCUUUCCUCAUGACUACGGCUCCCAUGAUCUAUUGGGGUAAGAAAUGCCGUCGGAUGACUCAGAAGCGAUACGAGAAUUUCCUCCGUAUUCGUGAUGGUCACCUGUGA